AGAGCUGCAGCGUAAGAACUACAAUCCCCGACAGGGAGUGCGGGCGUGACGUCAUCAACAGGGGACGAGGCCCAGCGUUACUAUAGCGACGGAAGAGCGUUUAGGAGUCUGCUGAUCCCGGGAGCCGUGUGAAUGUGAAGCAAUGCCCCGCUCCAGUGAUAAUCUUUGGGACCUGGCCAUCGCCGAGGUGCAGGGCAAAGAAAAUGCUGAGGAUGAAUAUGCAGAGACUGAAAGAUCUGUGUUCUUCAUAGGCAACAAAAAUGGGGGAAAAACCAGCAUUAUCCUGCGCUGUAUUGACAGAGAUGAAGCUCCUAAACCUACGUUGGCAUUAGAGUAUACCUUUGGUCGGAAAGCAAAGGGGCACAAUACACCAAAGGACAUCGCUCAUUUUUGGGAACUUGGUGGAGGAACAUCACUGCUGGAUUUAAUUCAGAUCCCAAUAACUAGUGAAAAUAUCCGGACAUUUUCUAUAGUACUUGUUCUGGAUCUAUCAAAUCCUAAUAAACUUUGGCACACAAUGGAUAGCCUGCUACAAGCCACUAAGAAGCGUGUGGAUAAAAUUAUCUCCGAUAUUGGAAAGUCCAACUCCAAGGCAGCAAAUCAAAUAAUGCAGAACAUUUGGAGGAAUAUACCAAACAACCAUCCGGAUAGAGAAUUAAUUGACCCCUUUCCAUUGCCUUUGUUAAUUAUUGGAAGCAAGUAUGAUCUUUUCCAGGAUUUUGAGUCUGAAAAAAGAAAAAUAAUAUGCAAAACUCUCCGAUUUGUAUCCCAUUACUAUGGAGCAUCACUACUGUUCACUAGCAAGGCUGAAUCUCAUAAAAGUGUGCUACGAUCAUUUGUAAAUCAUUUUGCAUUCGGACAAGACAGGAGCAAGAUUGUGUCUGUGGAUCACAACAAGCCACUUGUCAUUCCAGGUGGAUCAGAUUCCUUAAGUCAGAUCGGAACCCCUCCAGCCUCUGACAGUGACCUGAGACAGGUUAAUGCCCGAACACCCAUAGAGCUGUGGAAGAAGACCUAUGAGAAAGUUUUUCCUCCAGAGAAUAAAAAUGAUUCCAAAGAUUUAAAGGACCCUGCCAAAGACUCACAAUACACAGAAAGGGACAUUGAUGCCAUGCGGGCUGUGAAGGAUCAGGAGCUGGAGCAGUACAAAAGGAACGCUGACAAGUCUUGGAAAUCAAUGACACUUGGACUUCAUGCACGAUAGAUGUAUUGGUAUUUAUUACAGAUAAGUUACAUUUGUGAAUACAUUUUGAUUGAAAAAAGAAAAACUUCAGAAUAAAAAAAGUUUGUAUGUUUUACACGUAAAUACAUUAAAACUACUAUAUACAAUCUACUCUAUAUGAGUUUUGAUACCAGUGCGCCCUCAAAGGGAAUGCGUCACCUUAUUUAUUUGAAUAAAAAUACAUACUGAUAUAAAACAGUUUUUUUUGUCAUC